AUGUAUAUGACUAUGUUUCAUAGCAGCUUUUACUGUACCACUGUGACCGGAGAUGGUACCUUUUGUCAUCGAUUCAUCAGUGGAACAAUUCCCCGUACAUCUUUUAUGCAUCCGUUCGAAUCCGGCACAUGGAUUUGGCCUCACUACUACUCGCAUGGCGCUCAUCAUGUUCCUCAACCAGUUUGCUUUCCUAGCAAUCCUCAACCAGGAUUUCUCGAACAAGGCUACUUUGAGCCGUCAUGUGUUGAUCCGAUGUUUCCAUUCGACCCUAAUUGUGACAUCGUUGCUCCAAAGCCAUCGCAAGAAAGCUACUAUGGUAUCGGUAACUCUCAAGAAAAUCAUUAUCCUCCCCAACAUUUUCAAGAAAAUUACUUUCCUGUUAACAACUCUCUCCAGAAUGACACUACCAGCAAGCAGGUCUCUUCACUGAUGAACAACAAUUAUUGUCCAUCUCUCGAAACUUCGGCCUUCUUCCUGGGCAUUCCUAUCUUUCAAGAAAGCAAUCCCAUCGUGCUCUAUCACAUCCCGUCCACUGACCUCUGCUAUGUGUACGUACGUUGUGAACUCAUAGAUGGCAGAAAGUCGCACUAUUUGUGUGAAGGAUGCUUUCUAAAGAAAAAGUAUGUUCUAGGCGAGGUAAGCAACUAA